AUGGAUAUGCACCAUUUGAGUCAAAUUGUUGAAAAACUAUGGAAUGGAUGGGAGCUUCGAAUAUUGAUGUUACUCAGUCUCUUUCUGCAAACUAUCCUCGCCAUUUUUGGUGAUCGGCGGAAGUACGCCACCGGAUUCUGGCUUCGUUUUGUUGUUUGGUUAGCAUACAUGUCAGCAGACUGGGUGGCAACUUUUUCACUGGGUAUCCUUGCUCGCAGCCAAACCAACUCUGCAAAUCCUAACUUGAUUCCAGUAUUUUGGGCUCCAGUCCUUCUUCUUCAUCUUGGUGGCCCUGAAACCAUUACGGCUUAUUCGUUGGCAGACAAUGAAUUGUGGACAAGGCGCCUUCUUGAGCUACUGAUCCAAGCUGGUGUGGUCUCUUAUGUCUUAUACAAGUUAUGGAGCAGGAAUACCAUCAUAUUUGUAGCCAUUCCCAUCUUUGUUUCAGGAAUUAUUAAGUACGGGGAGAGGAUUUGGGCUUUCAGGUUAGCAACCUCAGAGAGUUUUAGCGCCCACGCAAACCAACCUUCUGUGAGAGUACCUUGCAUCACGAUGGAAGAUUUAACACCGAUCGGCGAUCAUUCAAGUGAGGUGAGACGUGUUCGUCAAGCUCGUCUUUUGUACAGAACGGUCCAGAUUCUGUCCCAAAAUCUUAUUCUCGAAAAUUUUGAUCAAACAAUCACCUAUGGGUUGGUUUCUGAAAAGAAAGCCGAGGAAGCCUUCGGGUUGACGGAAAUAGAGCUGGGAUUCAUGUAUAAUCGGCUUUAUUCUAAGGUGACAGAGAUUUUUUCUCUACGCAUCAUUCUCCACUCUAUCACCUUCUUAUCCUCUAUUUCUGCGUUAAUCUCCUUCUCAAUAAUGACACUGAGCAGGAAUGUCUAUUCAAAAAAUGAUACAAUGAUAUCUUACUUGCUGCUGGCGGGAGCUGUCUUGCUUGACUGCUACUCUAUCACUGUGUUUUUCUUGUCCGACUGGGGUGUGAUUUGGCUUAGCGGUAUUUUAAAGGCAUCUCAUAUUGUCGGUCGAAUCUGUUUUCCGUUACAUGCAUUUUUCAGGAAGCUCAAAAGAUGGUCAAGCUCAAUGGGACAACGCAACCUAAUAAGUGAUCUAUCAAAGAAACCAGUAAACAAGCUUCUUAAGAACUUUCCAGGGAAUUGGAACAUUCAUAGCAGGGUGGAUGUGGACAAGGAUUUAAAAGAAUUGAUCUUCAAACAAGUCAAGGAUAAACGUUCAAGGUACGAUCCCCAUACCAGUGAUUUCUUUUACCUCCUCAAGCUAUUGGAAGAGAGAGGUUGCAGUGUGCUUCGAAGAAAGGGUUGUUUCCGUGAAUUGGGAUGGAGUGUGGAUGAUGCAGAAUUCAGUCAUAGCCUCCUCACUUGGCACAUUGCUACUCAUGUUUGUUACAUUUACGAUUCCAAGAAGAACGUUUUUGUGAAUCAUCAAAAUUGCGCAAUGAGCAGAUCAUUAUCUAACUACAUGUUGUAUCUCCUGGUUCAAUGUCCAAAUAUGUUAGCGAUGGAGCUCAGCGGAACAAGGUAUACUGAAACUAGAAUUCAUUUGCAUCGUCUCCUAUUCAUCAGGAAUGGUCAGAAAGAAGCGGAGAGCAAAAUUUCCAUGGAUAAAUUGGAUACAUUAUCGUUUCCCGAAGCUCAAGUGAAAGCAGUUUUCUAUGAAUUGCUUCGAAGUCCGUCUACCAUGUUAAAAGAAAUUAGAGAACAAGACGAAGAAAACUCAGCCCUGCUAGAUGGUUGCAUGCUUGCUAUGUCAUUGCAGUCAUUGGAGUCACAGGGUGAUUGGGCAAAUGAAAAGAAAUGGGAAAUGAUAAGUGAAGUGUGGGUGGAAAUGCUGAUGUAUGCUGCAAGUCAUUCUGGAUGGAAGCAGCAUGCUGAUGCACUUGCCCGAGGUGGGGAGCUACUCACUCAUGUCUGUCUUCUCAUGGCACAUCUCGGUUUAAGUAAGCAAUGUCCACCUGCACUAAGUGACGAUUUGGAUGCUCGGUAUAGAAGGCUUGAUGAUAUUCUCGAGACUGUCGUCUCUGGGUAUGAGGUAUAA